AUGUCUGUCAAAGCCUUUCGUACGCAGCGCGCAGCUAAAUGGCCCAAGUAUCGUCCGCGUGGAGACGUACCUGCUACGUCUGCGACGGAAUUGACCGUAAAAGCGCCACCGGAAAUUCGACAGUAUGUCCUAAAAGCACUGAAGUUGGACCCAAAGCAGCGAUGGCUGUCCUAUCCGGAAAUUCCUGCAGCAGAAGAGAUUAUGGGGUUGACAAGUGCAAUAAACCAGGAGGAAGGACACAUCGAUAUUGUGCCAAAUCAGAUCAGUGGCGCAUGGGAAUCACGAGAGGAGUACCUCAGUGCUCACUAUGAGCUACUUAGAGAAGAUUCAGUCGCCUUAUUACGGGAUGCUGUGGCCUAUCUGAAAGAAGAGCCCACUCUGAAUGAUACGCAUGAAAUAUGCGUCUAUGAGAAGGUCUAUAUCACGGGGAUAACAUUCUGCCCAAAGGGUAUUGCCACAAAAGUGUCUUUCUCUCCUGCCCGUUCAGGAAAGAACAUCGUGUGGCAGUAUUCGAGUCGGUUAAUUGCUGGGUCUAUGGUCGCAUUGUCACCAGCGAACGACUGUUUCAAAACCCAGUGUCUUGUUGCGGUCGUCGCGGCUCGUCCCAUGGAUCAGAUCAAAGAGCGGCCUAGCAAGGUCGAUCUUUUCUUUGCAGAUGACAAAGAAGCAAGUUUCGAUCCUCAGCAAGAAUGGAUAAUGGUACAAGCAAGGUCGGGGUACUUGGAGUCGACUCGCCAUACCAUGAAAGCCCUGCAAGUCAUGAAAAACGAAAAAUUUCCCUUCUCGGAGCAUAUAUGUGGCCUCAAAAAGGACAUAGGUUGCCCCGAAUAUGUCAAACUUGAUCCUCAGAUGAAACUUUUCUCCGAUGAGUACAUAAACAUUUUGACCGGAUGGCCUUCGCAGCCGCAGAACAACUUGGACGAAUCGCAAUGGGAGGCUCUACGACAGAUUUUGACGAAGAGACUUGCCAUCAUACAGGGUCCCCCUGGGACUGGAAAGACUCAUGUUUCUGUCGCCGCAUUGAGACUGCUUCUCUCGGCUAGAAAAGAGGAAGACCCGCCAAUUGUGGUCGCUGCUCAUACUAACCAUGCUCUUGACCAGUUGCUCAAUCAUAUCGCUGCAUGGGCACCGGACUAUAUUCGCCUUGGAGGCAGAAGCCUAGACGAAAAUGUUAAAAAGCGAACACUGUUUGAAGUACUUCAGUCUUCGUCAACUCCGCACCUUACAGGAAGUGCACUAGGACCUGCAUACGGCAAGAUUCAUGCAAUGAGGAAAAAAAUGACAGAAACUUUAAUGCCUUUCUCUAUUGAAUCGUCACACGAGCCACUUUCUGCCGAGUUCUUCCAUAAAAAUGGAGCCCUCACCGAGAAACAAUAUCAACUUCUGUGUGACGGGACUAGUGGCUGGACAGGAACCGGUCUUCAAGCCAAACGAGAUCCCAUGAGCAUCUGGCUGGGAGACGGAGUCACGGAACAUCGUGUGUCCUACGAAGAUAUUAGCUUCAGUUAUGAGGAAGAUGAAGCAGACCUAGAAUAUGAACAGUUAAAAGAAAUCGAACAAGAAAGAGACUAUCUAGAAGACGACAUCGAGGCUCUCAAAGGGGUCUUCUUUCCUUUGAAGGAAACUUUCGUUGGAAUUAGCGAUGCCAAUGAAAGAGCAAAUGUUGACAAUCUAUGGGAGAUUCCUCCCGGACAUAGAGGCAGUAUCUAUAACAUGCUUCGAAGACGUGCUAAAGCCCAGGUGCUUCGUCGAUACAGACAGCAGGUGAAGGAAUAUAAUGCUAUAGCGAUAGAGCGUCAGAUCGGCAAAUGGGAACAAGACUAUGCAGUUCUCAAAGAUGCAAAGUUGAUAGGGAUGACGACUACUGGAUUAAGCAAAAAUCGGGCUUUGAUAUCAGCACUGAAGCCGAAGAUUGUCAUGAUUGAAGAAGCAGCCGAGACAAUUGAGGCCCCAGUGACAGCGGCUUGCGUCGAAUCACUUCAACAUUUGAUUCUCGUCGGUGAUCAUAAGCAAUUGCAAGGAAGCUGCUCAGUUACUGAUUUGGAAGGAGAUCCCUUCUUUCUCAAUGUGUCAAUGUUCGAGCGCCUCGUUCAAAAUGACGUUGAAUUCAGGAGCCUUUCCCUUCAGCGUCGCAUGGUUCCAGAGAUCCGACGCUUACUUACGCCUAUUUAUGACAACCUCGAAGACCAUCAAUCGGUGAAUGGACUUGCAAAGGUACCAGGCAUGGGAGAUGUCCGCUCGUUCUUCUUCUGUCAUCGCUGGCCGGAAAGUACCGACAGUCUCUUUUCAAAAUACAACCAUAACGAAGCAAUCAUGGUUGCCACUUUUUUCCUUUACCUAGUUUUUGCUGGUACGGAUGUCAAUAACAUUACAGUUCUAACAUUCUACAAUGGACAGAGGAAAAAAAUACUCAAAGUUUUGAAAGAGAAUAGGCAUCUCCAAGGCAAACACAUCAAAGUCCAUACAGUCGAUUCCUACCAGGGGGAGGAAAAUGAAAUCGUGCUUCUUUCCUUGGUUCGAAGCAAUGCGGAUCAAAAAAUUGGAUUUCUCGCCAUUGAAAAUCGAGUCUGUGUUGCUCUCUCACGAGCCCGCCGGGGGUUUUUCAUAUUUGGCAAUGGCGACAAAAUAGCUGCUGCUAACCCCUUGUGGUGGGAGGUGGUCAAGAUUAUGGGUGAUGAGCCGAUGGAGUCUCGACGAAUUGGAUAUCAUCUACCGUUAACCUGUGAAAAUCAUGGCAACAAGGAAUUUACCUCCCAAGCAGCAUCGGCAAACCUUCAACAACAGACACGUCCGGAAUCAGAAGUCAAAGCCAGCUAUGCAGAAAAAUUACGCGAGUAUCAGGAGUUUGCGAGCGGUGAUGUUCAAGAGCAUGAUCGUAUCCUUGCAGAAGUCCAGCAAGCUGAAAAAGCAGAGGACAUGCUCGCUCGUCUGGAUGCAGAAGCGGAAGCAAACUUAUUUGAUGACGAGCCAGUGCCAAAUACCGGAACUCUCAUUGAAGAUGCUGCCAGUAUCGUUUUUUCCAAUAGCAAUGGCAAUGGCGACCAAAUCCUGAAUGACAACGACAACGUUCACACACGAAGACGCUGGGUGCACUCCUAUGACCCGUCAAAGGGUUUAGAAAAGCUUACUGGCAACGCGCCGGAGAUAAGUCUACUUGACCUUUGA